UAUGCAGGUACGCAGGUAUCACACUGCAGCUGUAGCAGCCGAGACUAGUGUUUACUCCUCGUAUAUGCGCCGAUUCCUAGAGUAGCAUGUACGGUACAAAGAACGCCUAUCCUAAAAGACCGACAGAUACCGAUGGACCCUAAUACUGACUGACACCCAGUGACUACCCCGCUUCUAUCACCAAGACCAAACGAACCCGAGCCACGAACCCGAACCCGAAUCCAAAUGGCAAACGCUCAACGAAGUAUGGUAACAGCAAACCUCGUGUCAGUCACCAUUCACAGUUUGCAAGGCUCGUUCGCCGGAAACGGCACGCGUGCACGACAAAGAAACGCAACGCAACCCCAUAGUCCAUAGAUAUAAGCAUAAGCAUAAACAGAACGCGAGUAUAGCCCGGCCGGAAUUCGGGAUAAGAUUAUUGAAUGUUCAUUGAACUAUUUGGCGCUCGGAUGUACGGCCGAGCGCGCGGAGAAAAGGGGGUCCGUUCCUGGUGGAUCCCCUUCACUGUCUUGUACUUCACAGCAGAGGCUUUUGGGGCUAUUUUUGGUGAUGUCUCGGGCCGGGUCGAUAGUGGUGGCGUGUGCAUUGGUCUAGGAGUAACUGGUAUAUCCGAGCCCACGAAGAAUUGAACAACA